UAGGAGGUACUAAGGGAAGGUACUAUUGUCUUAGAUGGAAGAACCAUGCAAUUAGUUCUUCUUACAUGGGCAAGCAUCAAGUCUUACAGACACUGGAUGGAUCAAAAAGAAUCAAGUCCUGACCAAGAUCUCAAAGAGACAUUGCUUUCAAGGAGUUAAAAGGACAGGAUGAAGGCUUUAAUCCUGACUGGACUUAUCCUGGUCUUUGCCUUUUGUUUCUCGUUCAGUGUAAGUCAGCAAUCACAGCGCCAGGCAAUAGGAAAGGUGAUCAACAGUCAGCCAGUGCGAAGUUCCCCUGCCAGGACAUCACAAGGGAGGUCUCCAUCCAGCGAGGGCAUUGGCAAACCUCAAGGCUAUUCUCAGGCCUCUGCCCCAUCUGUACUGACUAACAAAGAAAGGGGCCAGUUAUCUUCAAAUUCCAGGACAUCAAAUAAAAAGAAAAAACCUAACCAGGGACCAAAAAGACAAAGUAUACCAGUCAGGCCUAAGAAAAAUACACUGACUUCUACCAAGGAAGGAUUGACCUUCCAUUCAUCUACUCUAACAAGACAAAAUACCCCAUUGUGGGCAAGCAAAACUCUAAAACAACCUAAAAAAAGUCAAAAGACAACUGUCAAGAAACAGUCAAAAUGGACAGCAGCAGCAUCAAAACCACCUGCAGCCAUAAGGAAAAAUCAAAAUGCAUCUGCAAAACCCUCAUCCACCUCUGCCAGCAAGGGCUUGUAUUUGCCAAACACUGUUAAGGCAGCAUUAGAAAGAAUUUCAGCUACAAAGAAAAGUUCACAAAACUCUAAGAAAAUCCAGUCUAUACAUGCUAAGAAACAGUUAAAACAACCCACAAUUGGGACCGCUUCAAAAACAUCUCUACCUAAAAAGAAAUUUCUUAAGACUUUUAAAAAUACCUUGCCUGAAGUAUCCAAAAAACAAUCACCUAAGUCCACAGCAAUAAAAGCUUCCCCCAAAACUUCUUCAACCUCAAAGAAAAGACCAAGUAAAUAUCACAAAACUCUAUCAUCACCUGCCAGAAAAAAACAAAAUCAGGCAAAAGCAGCUAAAAAAGCCCCCCAGAAAAGUUUGGCCAAAAAGAAAACUUUAGAGAAAGAAAAAAAUAAACAGUUAACUCCAGUCAAAAAAGAGCCAACUAAGGCAACAGCAACAGGAGCAGAUUCCAAAGUUAAAAAGAAAAAUCUAACUAAAUCUAAAAAGACAGUGUCUAUAUCUGCCAAGAAAACCCUCAAUCAGCUAAGAGAAGUAGCAACAAAAAUGAAAACAUCUAUAGCCAAAAGCAAAGUACCAAAAAAGUCCCAAAAAACCUUUACUGCACCUGCCAAGAAACAAGUGAAUCAACCUAAAGCCUUUAAAUCAACAGUAAAAACACAACCAGCCUCUGAGAAGACACCAAAUCAGUCUAAAAGCUCCUUGUCUAAAGCUUCCAGGAAUCAGUCAAAUCAAGCCAAAGAAGGCAAAACUCCAGCCUUCAAAGAAAUUCUAGCCAAAAAGAAAAACCUAAAAAAAUCUAAGCCAGCUGCCAAAAAACUGCUCAAUCAGUCUAAAUCUGCUCAAGCAGGACCAAAAAGAUCCCUAGCCAAAAAGAAAAUUCAAGAGAAAUCUACACAGAAACAACCCACAUCAGGUAAAAUGGCUGCAAGAACAGCUCUUGCCGAGGUUAAAUCUAUAAAACAACCUAAAAAAGGGCAGCCUACAUCUUUAACAGUAAAGAAAAAAACAAAUAAAUUAAAACAGAGAUUCUCUAAACCUCUUAGGAGAAAUGUAAAUCAGCUUAAAUUCCUUCAAGGAAUGAAAAUACCGCCCCACCUAGUAGACAAAAGUAUAAAACAAUCUAAAAAAAGGAAACCUACACUGGCCAAAAAGAGGUUGAAAUUAUCUCAACCAAAAAGACCUAGCUCUCUUCAAGCUGCAUGGAAAAAGUAUCCACAUAAAGUCGUUAUACCAUUUCCUCCACAUGUUCCAUCUUUAUAUCAUCAAACUAAAUUUCCUUAUCCACAACAAAAUCUACCACAUAAGUACCCACCUCAAUUCUAUCCACCUCCACCAAGACCAUGGCCAAAUGGUCCACAUUUCCAGGCACACCAGCAGCAUCACCAACCUCAUUUGCCUUGUAAGCCACCCUGUCAUAAACCAAAACCUCCAAAAAGGCCAGCUGAAAACACUACAGCUAAAGGCCCAACCACUGUGACUAAGGGAUCCAAUGUAGUCACCAGAACACCUGAAACUCUAUCCUCAGUGGCUGCCACCACAGUCCAGGUGACAUCAAUUACUAACUCAGCAAUUGGUGCUGCCUCCACUAUAACUUCCCCAACAUCUCUGGUGGCCUCCGUGACACCUUCAGUGGAACCCACAUUGCAAGGGUCUGCUGCUUCUAGUGCUGCAACCUUCAUAAACCCAGGGGCUGGCUCCACAGCUCUCUUAAUCUCUGCCCCCACCAUUACCCCUGAUGUUACCACAGAGGCCUCAGAAGCUGAAGCAAACACAGCUGAUGACACCACUCUCCUAGAUGAUUCCACUGCUCAAGGUGCCAUUACAAUGUCAGCAAACACAGGACCCACAUUCCCUGCUAUGGCUGCCACCACUGGUACAGCCACAACCUCCACAAGUGUUGUCCCAAUGGUAACACUUUUCACAACCCUAGGGAUUGGCGCUGCCAGCACUGAUGCUACCUCAUUAUCAGUCAGUGCUGCCAUGACUCUUGCUCCUGCUACCACAAAAGCAACCAAAACUGGUAUGAAUAGUUCUGGUUCUGUCACAACCUCCACAAGUCUUGCAACCACACUGUCAGCCUCAGAUACCACAACUAUUGCCCAGUACGAGUAUACUGGCACUGCCACCACUAUUGUAGUUACUUCUGUCUCCAAGGAACCUGAUUCUUCAACCACUGAAGAUACAACUAGAAAUGAGGCAAUCUGAGGCUCAGUCUGUAAAUGUAACUAUUCUUACAGCUUCCAGUAUGACUCCAUCAGUUUCCAUCUCUAAGAGUGCCUCUGAAGCUUUAGUUACUAGUCCCAGAACCUGAAACAUCUGCCUCCAUUGAUGUCAGUAUUUCCUCAGCAGAGAAUGCUACUCUCCUUUGCACAAAUACUGCAGCUACCCCAACAUUUGCAGAAUCCACAUAACUCACUAUGGUUUCCUCACCUGAAGCAGAUUUUUGUAUUCACCUCCACUGAAGGAACCUCCACUGCCCAGCCAUCACAAUGGUAGAAGCAACCACACACCUGAGGCUUAUGCCAUCGCCAAUGGCCCAGAUGCAAGCACCCAUUCCACAGCUCUGGUCACCAAAAAUACAGUUGGAACCACCUCUACCCAUCAGUAGCAGCACACAACCAUUACCAGAUGCUACAACCACAGCCAAUGUACCUAUAACUGGCAUUAACACUUUCUCACAGUAAAAGAAGUACAAAGGCACAUCUAACAUGUCUCAGUAGAGUAAAUUAUGACAUGCAAAGAGUUAGAUGGGGAAAUUUAAUAAUGCUCUGUAUAUUUCCAAACACUUUACACAAUUGCUGGUUGCUCCUCAUCUGCCAAAAAUAUGAUUUUUUGCAAUUCUGUGAAAUAGAGCAGAUAUUCUUCCAUUUUACAUGCAGGAUACAGAGGUGUGGGAUUUGCUCAAAUUCAGAACACAUGGUGGCAAAGCCAGGGCUAGAAUUCACAUCUUAGUAAAAUAUUUCUAACAGCAGUCAGAAAGCUUAGAAUUAUAGAACAGUAAUCCCAAAAGAUAGCUUCAUAGAUAGUUGAAUUACAAUUACUUGGUUUCUUUUCUCCAAAUAAAAAUUACUGAGAUUACCACACUAGAAAGUAUAUUUUUUUAACAAACUACUCAGGGGGUGGCAUGAGGAAGAGGAGUCGGAUGAGGUUACAAGUGUGAAAACACCCAGACGUUAAUUUAGGAAGGGAAAAUGGCAGGUAUACAAGCUCAAACACAAGAACAAGUAUCAUAAUCAAUAAAUUGUAAUCAGUUGUACUUGACUGAACUAUAUCAUGCACCACAAAAAAUUGGGAUAUAUUUUGAGAAAUGCAUCUUUAGCUGAUUUUGUCAUUGUGCAAACAUCAUAGGAUGCACUUUUACACAGCUAGAAGAUAAAGCCUACUACACACCCAGGCUGAAUGGUGCAGCAUAUUGUUCCUAGGCUACAAACCUGUCAUCAUGUUACUGUACUGAAUACCAAGAGACCUGGGAAACAUGAGAUGUAUGAGGCUGUUGCAGCACAACACAGCAUGCAGAUUUAGAGCAGCUUUUUAUGAGUAAAAAACAGGGUUUUUCUGAGUAAAAAGGAGUAUACUCUAACAAUACAGAUAAAAAUAUAGUAAAUACAUAAAUGAGUAACAUAGUUGUUCACUAUGAUUAUCAAAUAUUAUGUUUUACACAUAAUCAUAUGUGCUAAACUCUCAUACAAUUGGUAGCACAGUAGGUUUGUUUACACCAGAUUCACCACAAACAUGUGAGUAAGCAUUGUGCCAUGAUAUUAUAAUGGUGCAACAUCACUAAAUGAUAGGAAUUUUUCAGCUCCAUUGUGAUCUUACAGGACAACCAUCAUAUAUAUAAUUUAUCAAGGAGUAAAACAUCAGCAUGCAGUUCAUACCUAGAUAACAUAAGUAACACCUCAUUUAAGUUCAGCUGGAAAUGAGGGGAAAAUGCUACCAUCAAUAAAGAACAGCCAUGGAGAUGAAAACAAUUUAGAAAUUUUUAUAGUCAUCAACAUGCCACAUGAUAAAGAAUUAGUCUACAUUAUAGAACCACAAUAUAAGACUCUAACAAAGAAGGAGCAGAUCUGAGACUAUUUUAAAGAAAAGAUUUACCAGAACAUAUAAUCUACAAAAUUUUUGUAUGAGGUUCUGUUUUUGUUAAAGUAGAUGAAAAUAUUCUAAGUCAUAGUAAUGAAGGACUAGGUUUUAAACAUAGGUAGCUAACUACUACACAUUACUCUUACCAUAAACCAUGUAACUGGGUGUGUUUUGGUCUAAAAUAGAAUUACGAGCUGUCAUGAAAAUAAGAAAGUGGUGCUGGGGGCAGGGGAAGGCAAACAGAAUGAAGUUAAUUUCAUCUAAAAAUAGAAAGUAGAAAUUUUAAAACAAAUCAUGUUUGUAGGACUAUAGGAAUUAACUUGGUAUUUCUGAAAGUUCUUUUGUAGGUUCUAUUUUACCUAAAUAUUAAACUUCUGACCUUCACUUUUGUCAAUGCCUCAAGAAUUGACUGUAAUCACAUUUUAGAAAUGAGACCAUUCUAGAAAUUCUGCUUUUCACUCUCACUUCUUAAAUGUAGUCAAUUUUACUUCUUCAGUUUUUGUUCAAUAAAUCAUUUUGAAGAUCA